AUGUCCCCGUCGUGGUUUUCUCAACGCCGCGCGCCCUUCACGGACGCGCAAACGUCGUCGUCGUCGCUCGAGGAUGAGUUACGCGCGGCGAGACGCGCGCGCGGUGAUGUCAUCGCGCUCGGGGUGGAUUACGGCGCGCGCAGGGUCGGUCUGGCGGUGUCGAACGGUGGCGCGGCGCCGCGGCCGCUGCGAACGCUGACGCACAGCGGGACGGCGACGACGACGAGCACGGUCAGAGCCAUCUUAGACGUCGCGCUGGAGGAAUGCUGCGAUAGAAUCGUGGUUGGAAUUCCGGUGCCACCGGGGAGGGCGGCGAAAGAUCGUCGCGGACGCGGGAGAGGGGCGGUGCAAAUGCACGCGGUGUGCGCUCGAUUCGCGGGAGAGGUGGCGGACGCGUGCGCGCGUUCGACGAACGCCGAGACGAAGGCUUUGGUGGUGUACACGUACGACGAGUCUAGGACGAGUAAGGAAGCGUCGGAACGCAUCGCGACGAGUGGGGGGUCGAACGAGAACGGGGCGCUGGAUUCGGCGAGCGCGGCCAUUCUGUUGGAGAGAUACUUUGACGGAUCGUACGGCGAGGCGAAACUCGUCAAAGCCGCGAACGGGUAG